AUGUCGUCACAGCUACCUGAAGGUGACGAUGAUGAUUAUUUUGAACAAAUGGCUACGGAUGAAUAUGAUGACGGACAAAUGAUAAUAGAUGGAGAUUCAUCAUACCAACCUCAAUCAGAUUUUAUAAAAGAAAGCGGUGGUGGAAGUAGUCAUUCUCAUCAUAAUAAUCGUCAACAAGGUGAUGGUAGUGAUAAUAGUAGUGGCAUAUAUGAUGAAAAUUUCUUCCCUAGUCCAACACAUCCACAUCAUAAUAAAGGUGGUUGGCAUCAUAAACAACGACAAGGUGAUAAAUUAGUGGAUCAAGAGUUUUUUAAUGAUUUUCCUGACGAUUUCGAUGAUGAAGAUUUAAAUUAA